UAUGGGUAUCAAAUUUAUCAAUAUUAUAAUACCUGGGAAUCCUGUAGGACUCUUAAAAAAUCCUGUUUAUAUGCUGGCAUCAUUGUGCAUUUGCACAUCUUAUGUAUUAACAGCAGGUUUCGCAGCUUUUGGAACAAAAUUAAUAGAGACAAAAUUUUCAUUAGCCACAAGUUUAUCUGGUGCUUUAUUUGGAGCUGUUGUCAUUCCGGGCGGAGCUCUUGGUACAAUAUGUGGAGCAGUGGCAGUUAAUAAAUUAAGACUGUCCAUACCGGGAAUGAUGAAACUACAGAUGACAAUUGCACUUAUUGCCUCUACUACGGCUUUAACUUUUUGGAUAAAUUGUGAUCAAACGAAAUUUGCUGGAGCUAAUGUUGAUUAUGCGGGAAGGUCUCACAAUUCUCUUUCUUUGGAAGAUAGCUGUAACGCAAACUGCUCUUGCACAAACGUGCAAUAUAUACCUGUUUGUGGAGACAACAACUUUAAGUACUAUUCUCCUUGUCAUGCUGGAUGUUCUGUUAUAAAUAAUACGGAUAAAGUGAAAGUCUAUGAAAACUGUUCAUGUUUAAAUCGCUAUCAUAACGAAAGUCAAGCUACGGUUAAAAGUGAACCUUCUGUUUUCUCUUUGCAAUCUAUCAACAUUUCUGUAACGACUCGCUGUGUCAGAGAUGAACAUAAAAAGAUUGCUAUAAGCUUUCAGUGGAUUUUCAUACGAUUGUUAGGUACAAUACCUGGACCUAUAAUUUUAGGAAAAAUAUUUGAUACAGACUGUUUACAAUGGGAGAGUAGAUGUGGCUCGAAAGGCUCAUCUUGUGGAGCGUCUUUUAUUGGGCUAUGUUUAUUUUUGACUGCAUUCCUUGUUUACAAACCCCCUAAACCACAACUUGAAUCAAAAGAAAUCGGUAUAGAUAAUUCACCUUCAGCCACCCGAAUGAUUUAUGAAUCAAGAGACCCACAAGAAGGUGAUGAAGCUCCAGCAACAACAAAACCUCCAUUUGGAUUGAGACAAGAUCUAUAUGCCAAAAAGGAACUUGCCGAAAAAGGAGCAGCAACCAGAACAAGAGAAUGGUCGGACGAAGAGACUCUCAAAUUAUUGGAAGGCUUAGAAAUGUAUAAGGAUGACUGGAACAAGGUGUCAGAACACAUUGGAACGAGAACACAAGAUGAAUGUAUUUUACAUUUCUUGCGACUACCUAUCGAAGAUCCUUACCUAGAUGAAGAAAAUGGCGGGUCAGCAGCUAUGGGUCCUUUAGCUUAUCAGCCAACACCGUUUUCAAAAUCUGGAAAUCCCAUCAUGUCGACAGUGGCAUUCUUAGCUUCUGUUGUUGAUCCUAGAAUAGCAGCAGCGGCAUCAAAGGCUGCGCUCGAAGAAUUUACAAAAUUAAAAGAAGAAGUACCGCCCUCACUUGUCGAAGCUCAUAUAAAAACCGUUCAAGAAGCAAAAUCUCAGGGUAAAAACGUAGAUGAAACUUUCGGUUUGGAGAAAACAAAUAUCGCGGGCACAAACGCAGAUAAAAACACUGAAAAAGAAGAGUCAACAGAUGAAAAUAAAGGAGGUGAAAAAGAAGAAGAGGCCAAAACUGAAACCCUUGGAGAUCAAACAAAAGUUAAGAAAGAAAAAUCAGAUGCAGCUGAGGAAAAACAAGGCGAAGAUACUGAUAAAGAGAAAUCAGACAAAGAUAAAAAAGAUAGUGAUAAGCCUAUGAAAGUUGACGCUCAAGUUGCUGCCGCAGCUGCCAGCGCUUUAGCAUCAGCGGCUGUCAAAGCUAAGCACUUAGCAGCAAUGGAAGAAAGAAAGAUUAAGUCAUUGGUGGCCCUUCUAGUGGAAACUCAAAUGAAAAAAUUAGAAAUCAAAUUAAGACAUUUUGAAGAGCUAGAGGCAAUAAUGGAUAAGGAGAGAGAAUUGCUUGAUAAUCAAAGACAACAACUGCUGAAAGAAAGACAGCAAUUUCAUAUGGAACAGCUAAAAGGCUUUGAAUAUAGGGCAAAGCAGCAAGCUGGAAUGAGAUUGGAAGCAGAACUGAAAACUCCUCUUAACUUGGAUUCCGAACCUGGAAUAAUGCCUGAGGGUCCUAUCAAUCAUAUUCAACCAACUGAAACUACUCCGGCUGUUACUAAAUCAACUACGAGCGUAGAAAAAGAAGAAAACAAAGAAACACCCAUGGAAACCACCACUACGACUUCCAAUACAAAUGAUCAACAGAAAUCGUGA